CCGCCUCUUCUGACCCAGCGUCCUCCGCUGUCGGCGGCGGUUCGGUGCGGCGGCCCUUCCGCAGCGGCGAGCGCUGCCGCCAUGGACGUUAACCAGCCCAAGCAGGAGCACUUAUUGGCCUUGAAAGGUCCUGUUUUCCACUGAUCUUUGCAGCAUGGGGCAAGGAAAUCCUUUCAAAUUUCAGUCUAGAGUUGAGAAUCCUAAUCAAGAGACUGUUCCUUUUCUUAAGAAUGGCUGAUUCCUACUGUACAAACAUGGACAUGGUCUUGCAUUAUCGACCACAUCAGAGAGAUCUAGUAAAACUGCAGAAACUGGCAGAAGCAGCAGUGAAGGAGUUUCCCAUUCGUCAGUUACCAAGAUUUACACCCUGGUUUCCAAAUAAUUUAAACAGACUUCCCCUCAAACCGAAAAAGCGACCACCUGUUGUGUCUUGUGAGGAAGCAGAAGAAUUGAAACAACUUUCUACACCUUCAGAAUAUGUUACAGAAUCUUCUGAUUAUGACUGCACAAAAUACCUCCUUGAGUUUCAAUCUAGCAUGAAACACGGGCAGGCUUUAGUCAAAGAGCAAACUGUUCGCACAUCGGUUAACUUGGAGAAUCAAGGAGAACUACCAGCUAAUGGAAAACAAAAAUUGAAAAGAUCUUGGAGUGUCUCUCUCCCUAGUCCUAAGCUUAAGGAAGAGAUUCUUCCUUUAUCUCAAGAACUGCAGACUAAUUUGGAAAGGCUAAAACUGCAUGCAUUUUAUAGAGCAAAGUGGAUAAUUGAACAGUCUAAUUGUAAUAAUCAGAAUUUGGAGGAAAUCUGGAUAAAAUUGAAUAGACUCAUCAAGCAGAAUGAAUUGCCAUCUUGCAAUGCUACUAUCCAAAGAUCUGUGGGACAGAUCUGGAUUUUCUGUGAUAUAUUAUACUGUGAAUAUGUUAGAAAUAUUCUUAGGAAUAAGCUGAGCCUUACUGAUAAAAUGAACUUGCUUGUAAAUAAAUUUGGAGUUAUAUUUAGUUUAUAAUUGUAAGGUAGAGCUUCAUAAUAAAAUUGCUGUCUGAAGUGUUGAACCAGCUUAGAAUAUACAAACUCUAGAACAACUGAUGAAUUAGCAAGCAGCAAAAUAAUAUUACUUUGCUACAGUUUUAUAACUGUAAUAAUAAAUUUAACUUUGUUUUGUAAGGGGACUUAUGGAUGGUUCCGUUAAGAUUAGUAAGUUUCUGUUUGACUUAGUACUGUUUUGUAGCUUCUCUCUACCUCAGUGUUCUAAAGGAGAAAAAUAAAAUUGACUAUUAUAGCAAGCUGUGUCAGAUAAUAAAAUUUAUACUUUAUCAAGGAAAGUAUAUCCUUGUUGUGCUUCUUUGAAAUCAGGAGAAGGAAAAAUUUUUAAAGUGAGUUGUUAUGAUCGCUAUAAGGAUCUCUAAUUAUUUUAGACACAGAGACCUUCAAGAUCUGAUUAUAUACUGACAGUCACGUGUGGGUGGUUUUUAAUGAAGGCAUAGUCCUCGCAUGAAAUAGAAACUUAAUUUCUGUGACAUGUAUACACUGUCUUAGAAACAUUGUCCAUAUUUUUCCAGAAAGACUAAUGGAAGUUUCAGUGGAAAUAGUGUGCUGAAAAAUAAUGAACAACUUAGCAUUUGCUGUUUUAUGACUUUAGUAAUAAGAUAUUCCACCACCACCACCCCCAACGUUUCUGGUCUUUUGUCUCUUAGUUAUACUGGGGAACAAAUGGUGACUUCCAGCUACCAGUCAGGAAAUGAAAGAAUCUGACUUCUAUCUGUAAACUUCUGUUGUUGUCAUUAUGGAAGGUAAAAGUCUCUGAGGAUUUCAGUGUGUUUUAUGGUGAUAAAAGGCUGAGUUCAGCAUGACUUCAUCACCUGAAAGAAUGAAGUGUUUCAAGCUCGUGCUGUCCUUCUGUCCCUGCUCAAUUCAAUGUUUGGAGGGUCAGUAGAGCAGUUAAGCUGAGAUUGGUAUGUAUGCUACAAGGGUGUAUAUUUCCCUUGGGUACCCCUGCUAACUCCAGAUAAUAUUGCUGUAGCUGGAGGUCAAGGUCUGGCAUCUGGAAAAGGGGGAAAAUAAAUUAAUCCAGAUAAUUUUGCUGUAGCUGGAGGUCAAGGUCUGGCAUCUGGAAAAGAGCGAAAAUAAAUGAAUUUUAUUUGUAGAUUGCUAGAUUGUCAUUAGUGCUGAUCAAAUAAAAUUGCACAUAAGCAUAACAGAGAUCCCUCAGUGUAAAAACUAAAUAAAAUCCUCUUGGACUUUUACUUACAUUUUUCUUUUGUUGACACUCUUGUGCUGAAAUAAUGACUGUAAGCAUUACAUAGCUUUUUGCAGUCUUAAAAUUAAGGAUAUUGCUCAGUCUGGAUCAUUGACGUAUAUUUCUAAACUUUGACUAAAUGCUAAGGGGGUCUUAUAUUGACGUUUGGGGUGUUUGUGACAUUUAAUAUUACCACAUAGCAAAAUGAAUGUAAAAAUACUGUCUAGAGUAACUGAGGGUCAAUAGUAUUUUGAAGUUUAUAUAGCGAAGUUAUUUCACCAAAAUUACUUUUCGGAGCUUAACACUAACAGUAACAGAAUUUGUUUGUGCAACAGCAUUUUUAAAGAUACAAUAGAGUUGAACACAUGAUUUGUUUUAUUUAAUGUUGUGUUUUGUGUCUAGGAUCUUAGAAAAAGAUAUGAGUUGUCCUGCAGAAAUACAGUAUUUUCUAAUACUGAUUUAGUAGUCCUUUUAACUAUGUAAUCUAAACAUGUUAGUUUACUUACAUCACAGAAUGAAGUCAAAACGUAUUUAGCUGGGGUUUUUUUAUUGUCUUAAAUGUGACUAAACUUGGUUUGUAACUGUACCUUUAGAAACAGUCAGCAAGUACUAGUUUAUACGGGCUUACUGUAAAUAUGAAUAAAGUUAGGUAACUACCAUUUGUUUAACAUACCACCAAGAGCUAAACAAACAUUUUACUAAACAGAACCAGAGAUUGGUGUCAUGGUUCAGUGGUAGCUGUCAGCUUGCUGCUGCUUUCUGUUGGCUUGUAUCAUCUCAGCUGGGUAACUGUCACGUAAUAAAAAGUGAACACUACACUUUUCUCUACAGAAUUAUUAGUCUUGGUAGCACCAGUGUACAAGCUGAAAUCCAGACUUCAUUUUUAACUGCUUGAGAGAUGAUUAAUUUGUAUGCAUGUAUAGUUCAGUAUUUUAUCUUUUUCGUUUUCAGUGUUGAAUCUGGUUCUCCAUUUACUGUUUUGUGUGUUUUGGGGCUUUUUAUUUGCCUCAUGGUUCUAAGCCUUCAGAGGUCAUGUUUUUCAACUUUUCAGCGUAACGAAGAGAACGUAAUACCUUUUUUACAUGAAAACUGAGAUUUGUGUCAAUGCUAACUUGCCCAGAUCUGAUUGUAUGGCAAUGUAAGUUCUUGUGAACCAGUAUAGCCCACUACACCCAAAUGUAGAUCAAAAUAAUAGUAGGUUUUACACCACUAGAAAUAAUGAAUGCUGACUGGACAUAUGCACAAAAAUAUAAUGAAGAUAAAAGCACAAUACAUGUGUUGGUGCAGGGAUGUUGAUUAACUUGUUGCAGUCAAGAGAAAUCCUUUCAUUUUAUUCUUUAGUUUUAAUUUUCAGAAAUUACAUGGUUUUAUAUUUAUUAAGUUUUGGGGAAACACUCAAUUGUUACAUAUUCUGGUCAACACCUAAGGUUACAAAUGCUCAACUUCUUUUCAUGUGAGUGCUUUUAUAAGCUGUAUGCAAGAUUAGGGUCAUUGGUUUAUAUGAAUAUGGAAGAAUUCUUUGAAGAAGCAACAUCUGGAAUCUGUAAUAAAAAUGUAAUUCUGAGUAUUUUGAAUUAAAAGAGCUUUUGAAAAUACCA